UGUUUUAUGCAUUCCCUCAGAGAAUAGGUAAAUCGUGAGAGAAGAGUAAAAAAAGGAAGUGUCGAGUGAAGAAGAAAAAUGAAACCGGGAACCGCAGAAUUAAGAUUUAUAUUCUUCUACAUCACCAAAAUUCCUGCCUUCCUGCAGGAGAGAAUUGUUAACGGCAGCGACGCGCAUAAAGGGGAAUUCCCUUACAUCGUAAGUCUGCAGAGGAGAGGAAGACAUAUUUGCGCUGGUUCUAUCCUCGAUGAGAAGCACAUCUUGACUGCAGCACAUUGCGUUUAUAGGAAGCCACCUUCGGGAUUCACCAUCCAAUAUGGAACCAUCUGGCUCGGUACAAUCAAGAAUAUUAUCGAUGUGGAGGAUAUUAUAGUGCACGAGGACUACGAUCCUUAUAAUGGACACAAGAACGACAUUGCCAUCCUCAAACUUGAAGACGCCAUAGAAUUCAGCGAUGAUGUACAGCCGACAGUUCUACCAAAGGCCUUUCAAGAAGUGCACCCCGAAUCCGAAUCCGUGUUAGCCGGAUGGGGAUACGAAAAGUCCGGCGGCAGAGCUCAACGGUAUUUGCAGAGAGUUAAUUUGGUCGUGUUUUCGAAUGAUGAAUGCGAGGACCUGAAUUGCUGCUACGCAGAUAGGGCUUAUCACUUGUGCAGCGGAGUCCAUGGAGGAGGAAAAGGACAAUGCAGUGGCGAUUCUGGUGGACCGCUUUAUUCAAACGAUGUGCAAGUGGGAAUCGUGUCCUGGUCAAUAAAGCCGUGCGCAUCGAGAGGACAUCCAGGAGUUUUCACCAAAGUGGCCAAAUUCGUUCGCUGGAUUAAUCAGCACACGCGUAAUUAGCAAUUAGCUUAAUGAUACGUUCCACACGGAACACUCAUUCUGUAUAUCACAUUUUCAUAACAUUUCCCUCCCCCGCAUCAUUAUUAAUCAUUAUCAUUAUGCUCAACGGCAAUGCACGUCAUCAUUAUUGCGUCACUCAAAAACAAUCAAGUUUCGUUGAAUUAUUAAUUGUUAGACACAUAAAUCAUCACAAAAUGUUACCUCUCAUAGUUUAGUCCACUAAUAUCCCGCACUAUUUGAUACAAGUAUUAAUCGAGGACUUUAAAACUGCAUAAAAAGAAA